AUGUGGGCGGGUAUCGAUUGAUGCGCGACUGCGCGCGUUAGCGCGGGAACGAUAAACACAAGUCUCGAUCACGGGCCACAAGUGUUCACACCAUGCUCACGAUAGUAGCUUGGCUUGCUUUCGCGCUCUGUGUCUUCGCAAGGCAAGAUGAUUUGCCUGGUGCGGCCAUCGGUGACAACCUAAACCUACUCAACGCGGGAACUGAUGCAGAUAUGUCGGAAAUAAUGCACGAGUACUUGGCGGCUCCCUAUGAACAGUAUCCUCAGUAUGAUGACAGCCCCAAGAUAACGUACGACGUGAACCCUGAGGAAGUUAUCAGACGUCAACCAGUCAUCCCUGAAGACCUGCUCAGUAAGGAAAUUUCACUACUACAGAAAUGGGACGGUGAGAUAAAUCCAGUUCUCGACCAAAAUGGCGACCUCCCCAAUUGGAAUCAGCAAGAAGGAUCAUCCAUCAUCUUGAACCGCAUAUUGACCAUCAAUGACUUACAGUACAGACCCCAAGAGAAUUCGCAGCUGUAUCCAUCUGGAGAAAAUGACCCGAAGAAUUCCGAUGUGCCAAAGAUAAAAUCGCAGGAAAUCACCCACAUUGUUGUGAAGCCGUUAUACGGAGGAAUUCAGGGAAAAAGAAGGAUGAAGCAAAACUUCGCACUGACACCAUUUGACGAGGGCUACUUUAACAAAAACGCAGAAAGUACAGCACCACCGUUGAGAGCUGACGAUGUCGUGACGGAGAUAAUGGAGCCGCGUAAGACCCGACAGAAUCCAAACCUGAGCAGAGCCAAGUCUCUGGUAGCUGACAAUCUUGAUGAACUCCGCGCAGGCUUGGCUAAAAAUGUCUACCGUAUGCCAGUCUCCUUACUGCCAUCAAAUCUACGCUGGUUGAAAAUAUCCCAGCCGAAAGAUGUAACAGAGAGUACCAACAAGGAAGGCGGUAGCACGGACAGGCCACGUCACAUCCAUAUAAUAGAAAGCUUCAGCCACGAGCCGGAUGACAGCAUCUACGGGACAGCAUUGAUGGCUGCGGUGGGAGCUGCCCUUGCCAUGGCUCUACUUGGUUUUGCUUUCGGAUGGUAUACGCUCUCUAAGAAAGCGAAGGCGGCAGCAGACGUAGACUAUCCAGCAUAUGGAGUGACCGGCCCGAGCGUGGACUCCAGUGGGGACAGAAAACUCGCUCAAUCAGCUCACAUGUAUCACUACCAGCAUCAAAAACAACAAAUCAUGGCUAUGGAGAGGGGCUGUUUGGGUCGUAACAAUUCUCUAUCUGAUGCCGAGUCUGAAGAGGAGAACGAAGAAGGUGACUACACGGUCUACGAAUGUCCUGGCCUUGCUACUACUGGUGAUAUUGUAGUGAAAAAUCCCAUGUUUGUUGAGGAGCCAACACCAGCCUCCCCAGCUAAAUCCGAUGCCGAUAACAAACCAAAAGAAUAAUUUGUGAAAACUGUCAACGAUUGCAUCUAUUAUUUGACAUAUUAUGCCUUUUUUUGCAGUACAUACCUAGUUGCUAACAUGCGGCUAGUUAAAUUCGAUUUUUUUUUUUUUUGGGUUAUGUUUAAUAUAAUUUAUGUUCUUGGUUAUAAUGUAGACAUUUAUAAUACAAGGUAGGUAUGUUAUUUAAAAUUAAAAUACCAUUGGUUACAGUAACAGUCUCACCUUUCUAGUUUGUAAUUUGUGAAUUCAUGAAAUAUGUUUCUAUCAGAUUAAUUUUAUGUUUUAAUGUUUGUAUCUAUCCGUAUACAUAUUUUGAAAAUAGCAGAAUUUUGAGUUUAUGUAUUUAAAAUUUUUUUAUAAGUUUUGAAUAACGUAUUGAUUACAGAGGUUCUAUCAGUAAAUUUAUAUAAUAUUAUAAUUUUACAUUUAAAACAUUUUACUUAUUUCAAAAUGCCCUUCGUAAUGGAAAUGUUGUUUCAACUUUUUAAAAUUAUGUUUUCAGUUUAUUUUAUGUAUUCUUCUUAAGUUUUAAUCUUAAUAAAAGGUGAGCCCUUUAAAACAGAGGUUACUUAACUGUGUCAAAUAAGUUAAAUAUCAAACAAUGGCAAGUAUUGAUAAUUAGAUCAAUUAUUAAUAUUAACCAGUUUAUUAUGAAUGGCAGUUUACCCAUUUGUUUGAAAUUAAUAAGAACCUUUUGCUUUUGCAAAUUAUGGCAGCUAUUUGGAAACAACAAAUAGCAGAGUUCUAUUAGAAUUCGGAAAAACCAAAGUAUUCCCCAAAAUUUUAUACAAUUUGAGGUACCCAAAUAUCAUAUUUAUUAAAUCUACACCGAAUAUAUAUUAUAUAUAACAAACCUUUAUAUUUUAAGAUAUACAAAAACUUUUAUAGAGUUGCUGUUACGAGUAUCGGUAAAAGUGGCCAUUAUAUGUCAUUUAUAAUAUUCGAUUACAAAAUAUAUAUAUGUUAUAUAGAUACUCUCCACUUUAACUUUUAUUACUAUGUAUACAGGAGGGUUACUUUUGAGAAGGGCGGUUAUUUGUAAAAUAUUUCUGAUUCCUUUCAUUAUUAGUAAUACAUAUCUUUCCAAAGUUAGAUCCUUAUCAGCAUCAGAGUCCAUUGGUCCAAUAAUACAGAAUGUAAUAUAUUUUUUUAAAUCUUUCGGGUCGGUUUCCGUCAAAAGAUGAAGAAAUUUUAAAAAACUUAAUAUGCAGUAAUCUUUUUAUUAUAAAUCGAGAGCAUGACUCCUUUCACGACUUUUCUCUAAGACUCGUAGUUUCCGACUUUGCCAUCACCGCCCUUCUCUAAAAACCAACCUGUAGAAUUUGUAAUAGUAAGUUUCAGAAAAUACCAAAUAUCUGAGAAUAUACAUGGUGGGUACAUUUGUAUUUUAAAAUAAAUCAGAGGCUCGUAACAGCUAUUUUAUAAAAACAUAUAUUUACGGUAGAAGUUAACAUCUUUUAUAUAGUAGUCGCAACUCGUCUUUUGCCAAUGCGGUCUUUUAAAAUUAGCGUUAUUAAUAUCUUUCUCCGCCGUUAUAUCUGCAAUAUGGUUUUGGAGAUAAGUUGCGACUUUGUAAGUUCGAUCAGCGGGCCUACCAUUAACUCCUGUUGCGAUUCAAUUGACAACCUAAAAUGAACUGCUUUGCUAUUUCGUACCACAACGUUAUUAGAGCUAUCUAAUUUAGGUUAACGUCAAAUCAAGUUUAUGUACAUUUCUUGCAGCUUUUUGGGCAGUUCGUUAAUAUAAUAAUAAUCGUUAAUAUUACGUAAUUGACCGUUCUCUUCCCAUAUUUAUUAUAAAUUUUAAGUAAAAUGUAUUUGUGAUUUAUAUCAAGUUGUCGUAUACCUAAGGGUCUAUUUUUUUCGAUUGACAGUGUGGGUUUAUUAAUUUCGGUUAAAAUAGAAAAUUUAGCUUUAUCAUACACAUUCAUGACACAACAAUGUCCAAAGAGCUGAUCAUAAUUUUCCUUAAAGUUGCUUCAUUCAUUCGUACCAUGAACUAAUAUUUCAACCUAAACUGGAUAGCUUAUGUCUCAAAGUGAGCGCGUAGAUGUAGGUACAUGUAAUCUGAACUGCAUCGGAAUCGAAUGACUAAUUAAAAGUUGAUGGUAGGCCCUCUGGUUGUGAUUCUCACUUGCGAUUGUUUUAAUAAAAUACACACUAGCAUCGCCAUACUCAACAUAAGAGAUGUUAACUUAAUAGACAAUCAGCUUUAAAUUAUAUUAACUCAAACAUAUCUAUAGCACAAUUCCUUAUAUAAAUCUACAUUAUUGGUGUUUAAAGUUUACACCUUAUCGCCCAAAAUAUUUAUUGUAUGUAUACAUAUUAUAUAAUUAAGAAAUCUUUCGUAAAAAGACUUAAAAUACGAUAGAUCUACGUCGUCUAUAGGACAGAGCCUAAUCAGGCAAAUGAACAGAUUUCUUCAUCUUUAGAUCUUCUCCGUUAAUCUUUGAGAAACUUUUUGGUCAAAAAUUACUGCCACCUAGAUCGGAUUUAAAACUUAUAAAUAUCUAGGUAUUGAAAUUUCCAUCAAGUGAUUAAAAGAGGUACAACCUACGUGUUAUUUGGUAAAACGAUUUUUUUUUUCAGUAAUAUAAGGGCAUAUAGUAAUGAGCGCUCGAUCAUUAACGUUAAAAAAAAACGAAAUAUUCAAUUUUGUAUAGCUCCAAUUUUUACUGUAUGUGAUUCUCAUUCGAUGAGGUGAUGGCAACAUGGCACUUUACUCCUCGCAUGUUUUCGCCCAAACAUACAGGAUAGCCACAAAUAAUUAAGGACACUAUUCCCUAUCACAGAUCGAGUGCACCUAUAGAGAGUCCCUUUAUAAUUAUCUCAAAUAUUCAUUUUUAGGUACCUUAUUAAAUAUUCCCCUGCACCGAGAGAAGUUUGUCUUUUCAUGUCACUAUAGUGUAGGCUAGUGUUUUAACAAGUUUCAUGUUUCAAUAAAAUAUUAUAUUAGCUUCUAUACUUAGUCUCCAUAGAUAUCCAACUAUAUCGUCUAUAUUAUAUUUAUAGUGAAUACUGGAUGUUGUUUAGUAUAUAUUAGCAAGGCCGUGCAUAACCCCAAAAAUCAAGUAGUUAUAAUUCGAUGAACGCGACACUUGCGUUCAAAACUAAACUCAAAAUGAAACAACAAAAAGCGAAAUGGCUUCUAACCAAUCGUAGUUUGUGCUUGUGUAUACAUUGUGUUUUAUCGGUACUAAUUAAAAUGCCAAAUAUUCGUGUUUAAUUAACAGAAAUAUAUUAUAUAUUACGACCAUAUUAUAUUAUUAACAUAUUUGACCAUAUUAUGGUAAUGCACAGUCAGGUAUAACCUGAUCAGUUAUUUUUUGAAUAUUUAUUGUGAAUGCUGCCAGCUAGCAACACCAUACAUCCACUUUAUUGUAGAUUUUUACGUAUACUAUAUAAUAUUUAUUGUAAUAUUACGAAAAUAUGUAUUUUGUUUGAAAUAAUUGAUUUUCGCGAUAUUAUCUAGGUGAUGCGAUUUUCACUGUAUUUUGAUAAUUUCAUCAUAAAGAUUACGUAGGCAUUGAUAUAAUAUUUUUAAAUUUAGAACUACCCCAUAAUAUAUAAAGAAAUAUUAUUUGAUCUCAAACUAUUAUUUAGAAAAUAGUUAUUUAUUGUCUCUUACGAACGCAGAUGCGUGGUUUCUGUUUCAAUUUUUCUUUUAUAUAUUGGAAUAUAAUUUUUUAAAUUAUUUUUAAUUCAGCGGAGUGCUUCAAUGUUUGUUUAUUUUUUUCAAAUAAUAAACUAAUUUUUAUAAAUUUCAUCUCUUGGUAUACAUGGUCUCUCAAAAUAUCGAAUGCUUUAGGAUAGCCACUUUACUUGCAGAUGACAAUGCCUGCUCAACUGUGUCUAUGCGGCCGCCUUAAGUAUUUAUUACCUAGUGAUGUGUUGACGUUGUCGAUGCGUCUUUGUAGUCCUGUAGAAUCGUGUAAUAAUAUGUUAGGGUUGCUCCUUUUAAUAAGCAAAUGUUCACUUAAUAAUAUAUACUUCUUGUGUUUCCACACUAUAAUGUUCUUACCGUAAGGCGUACAAAAUGCGUAUAUUAAAUAGUUAAGUAGCGGAGACGAUGGACUUUCAGAUAAUUAAUGACUGUAUGUACUGUCGCUGAGCAUCAGAAUAAUAAAGAUUCUUCUUGGUAAUAGUUCUUCUCUUGGAGAUCGUAGAAGAAUUAAUUGUAUUUGAAGCGUGGCAAAAUUUUCUUUCAUCGGCGUGAACAAGAUAUUUAUAUUAUAGUUUAGUGAAGAAUGUUAAAUGCAUUGUAAUUCUUGUUUCUGCAGUUGUCGUCUCCGCUCAUGUUAUUGUAAGCCGUGUUUCACAACGCACCUUAGCCACAUUUAUAUAGGAAACCAUUGAAAUAUUGUCAUUAAUCAUAAUGCUUAAAUAAUUCAGUAGGUGACAAGAAGAUAUCUAUUAUUAAUCGCCAGUUGAUUAUAAGAUCACGUAAUUAUUAUGUGGGUACAAUAUAGUUCAUUUCAGAUGCAUGCACCAAGAUGCAGGUACCAAGAUGUCGUAUUACUUCUCAAAGUAAUUAGUUUGUAGAAAUUCACUAUAUGUUAUUGGUAUAACCAUUAUAUUAUGUAUUAUAUGUCUAUGCAUA